UCGAUCAUUGAGACAAGGUUAGGUUUGUGAGUUGUGUUAUCGCCGCCUUCUGCGCAUUCGGUAAGGAAAACUCGUUUCUCUUGUUUCUUGUUCCUUGUAAAGUGAAAAAAGCAGUUCAAAAGAGAUGGCAGACGUGCUCGACAUCGACACUCCGGAGGAGUUCGGUGUUGAAGUUGAAAUGGAAGAGGAGACGGUUGACGAAGGAGCGCUCAACAUUGCGAUGCUGAAGGAAAAGGCGAACAAACGGAAAGGCCGGGGUUUCACCGAAGACUCGAGGAACCUCGAGGACGUCGGCGUGUUCGAAUCCUUGGAACGGGACGACGACCAACCCGGGCCCCAGAGGUCGGUCGAAGGCUGGAUCCUCUUCAUAACAUCCCUUCACGAGGAGAUCCAGGAAGAGGACAUGCACGAGAAGCUCUCUGAGUACGGCGAGAUCAAGAACAUCCACCUGAACCUGGACAGAAGGACGGGUUUCCUCAAAGGCUAUGCCCUUGUCGAGUACAGCAAGUACGGUGAAGCUUUGGCCGCGAAGGAAGCUCUCGAUGGUAUGGAGAUCCUAGGCCAGGUAGUCAGCGUUGACUGGUGCUUCGUCAACGGACCCCAGAAGUCACACAGAAGGACGACAAAAAAAGGAAUGGAAGGCAAGAUCCACCACCACCUAGGUCUCAAAGGGAAAUACGACGUUUGAUCCAAUUGAUCUAUUGAAUUGACUAUUUUUUUUUUUAUAUAUAUUUCUCGUGUGACAAUUAUGUAAAACCAAGUUUGGCAAUUAGACAAAACCAAGAUUAUGUCAGUAUAAACAUUUCUUUAUUA